AUGGGCCCAUUUGGGCGCGACAUCGCCGCAGACAAGCUUACCCUCUGGCGCGUCUCGAUUCCUGUUGCAGACGACAACGAUGACGAUGACGACGACGACUUGCCAAUUCAUCUCAACAAUAUACCCAAAGAUGACAAGAAGAAACUCAAGGCAACUCGUGAGCUCCGCGAUGUCUUUGGCGAUGAGGCUGCCAAAAACAUGAUCCACAUCAUCGUCCAGCGACCACCGCCAGUCCCUGCUCGAGCUCUUACCCCUCCCUCGGAUACUUCUCGUCCCGGCACGCCGCUGUCUGGUGACCUCCGGGCGGACAUCAAAAAAAUAGCUGACCGAUUCUUUGCGACUGGAUCUGCUGCCUCUGACUUUCUGGACGCGUAUGUGCGAGGCGAAUUCAAGUUGCCCGUCACGACCACCGGAAUUAAGGAAGGUCCUACGGCGAGGCGUCUCGAAAAAAGUAGAAUCGAAACCGAGUCUUCUCUUCUUGGAUUUACCAGUCCCUCCGUCCAAAGCUGGCGACGCUGUCCCCGAGAGAUUUCGAUCGAACGUGCUGCUGGAGAGACUGGAGGGCAUGCAAUCCCAGGAUUUACCGGUGUUCGGCGUUUCAGGAUGCGGAAAAACUCGAUCGACGUAUUCUUGUUGGUGCGCGAGCUGCUGACUGGUCAUCAAUACCCAAACUUCACGAUUGGGUCCAAGUUGAGGCUAGUCGUGGACGAAGCACAGAUUCUGAGUGACAAGGGCAGUUCAAAAUUCCGUUCUUCUUACCUGGAAACCGAUCCGCGACCAAUGUUGUCUCCUGUACUCCACGGCUUUCGAAACGCUGGUGGUCCAAAGGAGCUUACGAUCAUCUACUGCGGGACAGGAUUGAGCAUCGAGGGAAUGCUCGAGAUCGGCAGAUGGGAUACUGCCAUCGACAAGACGGAGACCGUGAUUACAUCUUAG